UUGAUGGGGGGAGGAAGGAGUUCUAGAAGCGGAACCCUCUGAUCGUUUCCUUGUUUCGUAUGCCUGAAUUUGGGGAUAAGAGGUUGUACACACAGACCUGUUCUUUCUCUUCUUCUUUUAUCAUUCCCUGAUGAGUUGUGAAUAUGAGCCGAUUUUGAUUCGAAGGUUGGGUCUGGAUUGGCUGCCGCGACUCUGCUCUUUGCUUCGUUGUUUGGACCUUGGAUUGGUGUGCUCGGUUGUUUUCUUUCUCUCCAUUUCCCCCAGUUUGGUGCACCUGUUUGGUUUGUGUAUGAAUUUAAGAAGGUUUUCUCUCCAGAAAUCUUUAGUAAUCUCCAUGUGUCUGAGAUCGGAGGUAGAGUUGCAGAAUGAAAUUUUUUGGGCGCUCUUCUCAAAUUAUUCAGAAGCCGCCGCAUUCAUUCUGCGAUGGAAGAAUUUCAGUAGUGCUACAAAUAAGUUUCUUUGAACUGGAAAUAUUCAGUUCCAUGUAGAGUUGCAGACCCAUGUAGAGUUGCAGACCUUUUUUUAAGAACUUGAAAGGUGUUGCUUAAGCAUGGGAUGGUAGAUAGGUGAAUGGUGUUUCCCACAUGCUAUCAUGACCAAUGGCCCAAGUGUUUUAUUCAGUAUGUGGUCCCAAGAAAUGGCUCUCGUUGUGCUUAUACUGAAUCACACUUCAACUGUAACUUCUACGGGUCUCUUGAUCCGUGUGGUAGUUUUAUUCCGCUAGAGGGAACAAGCUAGACAAGAUCACAUGAAUACUAUAGCUGUAUAGCACACAGAUGACGUUCCCUUGUCCGUUUCACUGUGGAUAAAACUUUAUGAUGCCGUUUAACCUUUUGCUCUUAAAGGUGAAGAACAAAUGUGGUAAUGAUCGAAGAUACUGAACUUGCUAUAUUGCUACAAAGCACUAAAUUUGUAGGAUCACAUGAUAGUAGUAAAUAUAACUCUCAUGGGGUGACUGUGAAUGUUCGUAACUAACAGUGGGUCCAAAGUUAUUUGUUUGUUGCUAUUGGAGAUUGGUAAACACUGUUUUCUCUACGGUUACUUUUGUGAACCGCACCAUGCUUCUCUUUCUUUCUUUUUUAAGUAUGUCUUGCACGUGUGUAUUCAUGUUAUCUUGUCACUAUUCUUCAUUGCUAACCAUUGCCAAACUUGUGCUGCAGAAUUCUAGCAAAAGUCUUCUGGAGAAUAAUACACCUCUGUGCAUUGUGCUGCAUUUUGGUAUGGACGAAUCUUCUGGUAGAUCUGCUACCCCAGUUGGGUUUCUUGGAAGGGGCACUGGCAUUUCCUUGAGAAAUCAAAGUAAUGAGAAUAGGCCAAGCCAAUACAACAAUAAGCCAGGGAAGAAUACAAAUCUCAAUCCUGUGAAAGCCCGAUUCACUGAAAAUAAAGAGAAGCCAAAGUAUUUACAUGGGCCAUUUCAUUCAUCAGGAUCUAAGGCCUCAUCUGUAAGCUCUUCAAAGGCUCCUGUUAGGAAAUAUCAGGAUGAAAGGCAAAAAAGGCCCUUUUUGGCAGAGGCAAACGUUGCUGAAAGCAGUAACAGAAGAACUGAGGUCAGACGUCUACAAAGUGGCAAGAAAGCUGUUGUUUAUGAAGAUGGGCAUCCAUACACGCAGAAGAGUACAUCAGAAGGUUCAUCAUCCUCUACAUUUACUGAUGGAGGCUUGUCAGAAGAACAUGAUCUUGGAGUUUUAGAGUUUUCUGUUUCUUCAGGGAGUUCUGCACAUACUGUUGAUUCUGGAAAUACUGCAUUGAGUGCUAUGCAACGUAGGCAAAAUGAUAGAGAAGAACUGAAUUCAGGUAGACCUCGAGGUGAUUCCAAUUUUGUUCAUAGGCGUGUUGUACCUCAAAGUCUCACCACUGCUGUCAAGUUAUCAAGUGCCCCUGGUGCCACCAGUACUUCACUGCAGAGACGUGGCCUAAAAUCCCUUGGUUGCACUUCAAUAUCUGAUGUUUUGCCCUCAGGUUGUUCUUCAUCUGAUUCUGUUCAUAAUAGGAGGGUCGAAGUUAUGAAGAAUGGAACUUCUGAUGCAGCAAGAUCUUCAAGAUCAAGGGGAAUAAGUGGGCAAUCUAUUUUAGGUCAGCCACGUUCUGGUUAUCCUGGCUAUACUGGUCCUAGGGCGAGAGCUGCUGAACAAUCAGCAAGGACCAAUAGCACAAGUAUUCGGGAUUCUACAGAUUCAGUAAGGACUAGAAGACCUUCUACUCUCCGUGCCAGAGAGAGGAUGCCGGGUGAAAGAGAGGACAACGUAUUUGCUCUGCGUGAGACUGUUACGAGGGUUCGUCAUCCAGAAAGGGGUCAUUUUCCCACCGAUGACAUUUCCCCACAGAGAUUAGCAAGACCUUUUUAUGCAGAAUUGCCUCAUGCAAUUUAUUCAUCUAAUCGUCCAGGAUUGAGUAGUCGGACAGCAAGGAGAAGAUCUCCUUCUCACCCUGAAGAAAGUCCUCAGGAAAUGUUCCAUGGUCUAUUUGAGGAGAGAGAUGGCUACAGACACAUAAACAUGGAUGGAAUUUCAGAGGUGUUGCUAGCAUUGGAUAGGAUUGAACAUGAUGAUGAUUUGACUUAUGAGCAAUUGCUGGUGCUGGAAACCAAUCUGCUUCUAAGUGGCCUUGGACUGCAUGAUCAGCACCAAGAUAUGAGAUUGGAUAUUGACAAUAUGUCGUAUGAGGAACUACUAGCUUUGGAAGAGCAUAUUGGCUCAGUAAGUACUGCCCUAACUGAAGAGCAAUUUGCCAAGUGGGUCAACCAAAGUGUGUAUGAAGCCAAAAAAUCAGAUAGAGAUGUGAACAAGAUCACAGUAGAUGAUGUGAAAUGUAGCAUAUGUCAGGAGGAAUACGUUGAAGGUGAAGUGAUUGGUAGGAUGCAGUGUGAACAUCAGUACCAUGUGUGCUGCAUUAACGAAUGGCUUAGACAGAAGAACUGGUGUCCAAUAUGCAAAGCUUCAGCAAUACCAUAAGAGAUGGACAAGGGAGGCGCCUGAAUCUUGGCUCAAUCUCGUAAAUAGUGUGGAUGUAUGAUUAGACACUGUAGAUGCUGACGCUGUUCGCUCCAAUUUGUGAAUAUGAUAGACCCUCUCUCUUAUAAAGCCCUGUAACCUUUUGUUACUGCAUCUUUUCUCUUCAUAGCACAUUCCUCGUGAGAUAUGAAUUCUGCUUGAUAGCAGUAUGGUCAGAAACUCGAAAAUAAUGGGAGUUGUCCCCGUUCUUAAAAUCGCCUUGAUUGAGAGUUUAGUCACAAUUCCUGCUGAAAGGAGAAAUGCUUAUCAUGGAUUGUACAAGUGGUUAGUGUGAUGGCUGUAAACUUAUAGUGAGUAGAAGAAUGGGAAAUGAGUGGAUAACUGGAUAUCA